AUGGUAGCCUCAAAGGGCCGACGUGUUUCAGCAAGCGCGACGGAAGCAUCCACACCCUCAACACACAGCACCCUCCUGGAUCAGCUCGGACUCGAGGAUCUAGAGCUGGCCGGUAACUACGUGCCACCUCCUGCCUACGGCGAUCAAUAUGGCGAGAUUCACGACCAACAGAAUGGCAUAGACACCAGUGCCCGGCUCACCGACGAUGGACGGGUUGCCAUCCGCAUCAAUCACUUUGAUCGCCAAUUGUCCCAGAUUAUUGUUCCUGCUCUGCACCAACAUGUCCAGGAUGUCGAAGACAGUCACCCGCUCCCUCCCCCAUACAUUCCCCCCUCCUUGGGAGGGGACCCAUCAGUUCGUCCACCCCCGCCCUUGAACAUAGUCAUCCAGGUCGUGGGCUCUCGCGGAGAUGUACAACCCUUCGUUGCCUUGGGAAAGGUCUUGAAAGACGUCUACGGCCAUCGUGUUCGUCUGGCAACCCACUCCACCUUCAAGAACUUGGUUCAGCAGCACGGACUGGAAUUCUUCAGCAUUGGCGGCGAUCCUACCCGAUUAAUGGCCUUUAUGGUCAAGAAUCCCGGCCUGAGACCGGGCUUUCGUAGCGUGAUGAGCGGAGAUGUCGGCCAGCAAAGAAGACAUGUUGCCGAAUUCGUUCAGGGCUGCUGGCGGUCUUGUUACAGAGCCGACGAUAGAACUGAGGAUGAAGUUUCCGAGUCCUCGGAAAGCGAUUCUGGCUCUACGCUUGAAGCAAAACACUUUGUUGCCGAUUGUAUCAUCGCCAACCCCCCGAGUUUUGCCCACAUUCAUUGCGCAGAAAAGCUCGGUAUCCCCCUCCAUAUCAUGUUUACUAUGCCAUACUCCCCCACCCAGGCCUUCCCUCAUCCCCUGGCCAACAUUCAAGCUUCGAAUACCGACCCUCAAGUUACCAAUUACAUCAGCUAUGCUCUGAUCGAACUACUUGCAUGGCAGGGCCUCGGCGAUAUUAUCAAUCGAUUUCGAGUAAAGUGUCUCGGUUUGGAUCCCAUAAGUACUAUCUGGGCCCCCGGGAUGCUUCAGCGUCUUAAAAUCCCCCACACCUACUGCUGGUCUCCGGCCCUGAUGCCCAAACCGACCGACUGGGGCUCUCACAUAUCCAUCUCUGGAUUCUUUUUUCUUAAUAUGGCUUCUGAUUACACACCUGUCCGUGACUUACAAACAUUCCUCAACGCCGGUCUACCCCCCGUGUACGUAGGAUUCGGGAGCAUCGUUUUGGACGACCCCGACACGCUAACAGAACUCAUUUUCGCUGCCGCGAGAAAGACUGGCCAACGUGUGCUCCUUUCAAAAGGCUGGGGAGGUAUGGGUGCAGAUGAGCUUCGCAUCCCCAAGAACGUCUUUAUACUAGAUAACGUGCCGCAUGACUGGCUCUUUAAGCAUGUCUCGUGCGUCGUACACCAUGGCGGCGCGGGAACCACGGCGGCAGGCAUCGUCGCAGGCCGGCCGACUGUGGUAGUUCCUUUCUUUGGAGACCAGCCUUUCUGGGGUGCCAUGAUCGCGCGAGUAGGCACAGGUCCCAAUCCGAUCCCCUACAAACAACUCACGGCAGACAAACUAGCCGAGGCCAUCAACUUUUGUCUGGACCCCAGAUGCCUGGAGCGCGCUAAAGAGCUCGCAAGCAAGGUCGCGGCAGAGCGAGGCAGUGACACAGGUGCCCAGUCGUUCCAUCAAUUUCUCGACCCUGACCGGCUCCGCUGCAUUCUCGUACCAUCCCGACCCGCUGCGUGGCGCAUUAGGCGCACCAAAGUCAGGCUGAGUGCUUUUGCUGCCUGUACUUUGAUGAACGCAGGGCUGUUGGAUUUAACAGACUUGAAGCUCUUCAGACUGCAAGAACAUUACACCGACGAGGGUCCCUGGGAUCCGAUCUCCGGAGGGUUUACAGCAUUUGUCAGGGCUUUCAGCGGUAUGACGAUGGGGCUGGCUGAUGUUCCUUCGGAGACAUAUAGAGCUUUCCAGAAACCCUCUGAGCGGAGCCGACAGCAGUCCCAGGCAUCGGAGUCGGCGACCGCAAGCAGGAGUGAUGUCUCGCAUGUGGUGGAAAGAUCGAAUUCGUCAAUUUCAUCCAGACGGAGUAGGCAAAGCUUCGUUGGAGAGGUCUCUCCUACUCUUGCUCGGAACCCUUCCAACCUCUCCGUUGGGUCAACUCAGACUUCGAACAUGAACACACAAGGCCAGUCGGAUCUAAGACAAGGUGAUCCUGGCCGAGGUUCAUUCCGCAGUCGGAAUGAAUCUGACGCCGGCAAACAGCCCGACAUGCUCCGUCCGACUGGCGUGCAUGUGAGCAAAGGCGCCGGGCGUUUUGUCAAGGCGGUUGUGCAAGGGCCUGUGGAUAUGUCAGUGAACUUUGCGAGAGGCUUCCACAACAUGCCUAGGCUUUGGGGAGACGACACUGUACGCCCUCAGGAAAGGGUAAGCGAUUUUAAGUCAGGUGUCAGGGCAGUAGGAAGAGAGUUUGGCUAUGGCUGGUACGAUGGUAUCACAGGCCUGGUCACUCAGCCCUGGAAAGGCGCCCGAAAAGGGGGUGCCAGCGGCUUUGCCAAAGGAAUUGGCAAAGGCAUAGGGGGUUUCAUCGCCAAGCCGAGCGCAGCUCUUUUUGGUAUCCUAGGCCAUACGAUGCAGGGGGUCAACAAAGAGGUACAGAAGUUGUUCGGCAGUGACGUGCAUAGCUAUAUCAUCGCGUCUAGGGCAGCUCAAGGGUAUGAGGAGUGGCUGCGGGGCUCUGAAGCAGAGAAGCAAGACGUUAUCAAUCAGUGGAAGCUGAUCCAGAAGGAUCUGAAGAAAAAGGAGUUCCCCCAGGAGACAACGCGAGAACCCCAAGAAGUACCGCAAAGGCAGCAAAGGAUGAAUUCAGACAGCAGUGCAAGUGCUUGGACCGAAGAUUUCACCAGCACCACGCUCGACACGGAUGGUUCAGAGUCACCUCUGCAUGCUGCAAACACGUGGCCCGAAAAGUUUUGGGGAGCAGCCGAAAGCACGUCAAGCGGAGACGCAGCAGAUGAUCACCAUAUGGAACUCGUAUCUAGACUCGAACCCCAACAACAUGCUCACCAGAUAGAUCGGGGUCUGCGUGACGAGAUAACGCCACAAGAGAAGACGGAAGAAGAGGUUGUAAUGGGGUACAUCAAGAAGCAGAGUCUAUCAGAAGUGCGACACCAAAGAGAAGGAAGAAAUCGUGAAAGAGCAAUAGAGUAUGAGGACGAUGCGGACGAUGAGGACUUGCAGAAAGCGUUGAAGUUGAGUAUGCAAGAAUACAAACAUUAG